AUGCCACCAGCAAAAGCAAGUAAUAUCCCCUCAACUUUAACAUCAAAGUUUCAGCUAUUCAAUCCCCGAAACGCCAAGCCAAAAAAUGUAAAUUCAUCCAACUCAUCACGUCAAUCCGCCCAGGGACCCAAGAGUAAUAAAGAAAAUAAUUCUGCUCCAAAGAGAAUAAAAGCUUGUCUUCGAUGUCGAAAAUCAAAGGUGAAGUGUGAGAAUAACGGUGAAGGACCAUGUAAAAGGUGUUUUAACGGCCAAUUUGAGUGUAUUUAUCAAAUGAAAGUGCAUAGUUACUCGUCAAAGGAAAUCAAACCUGUGAACCACGACCCAAACCAACCACCAAUGUCAUCUAAUGGAAACCGCAGACAAUAUUUUGUUAAUAACGCUAAUAAAUUUGUAAAGAAUAAUUCUCAGUAUCAUCAAACGGUUUCAUUACAACAGCAACAAGAUCCCCAACAGUUCCAAACUCCGUCCGGGAUUCAAAAAAAUAAUAUAAUCAAUGAUCCAUGGAAAAACAGUAUGGAAAACAAACUUGAAAACUUUAAUGACACCCUAAAUGAGAUUAUGGGUUUCUUGAAAGACGGAAAAUUCAACGACAAGUUACCGAAUCCUCAACUCGAUAGUGCGGGCCUUGAUCAGUCGAUUCCUUCGUUUACCAGUGCUUUAACAUAUCAACAAACUAAUAAUCCUAUUUCUUCCCUGUUUUCGCAAUCUUCUUAUAAUUAUCAGGACAGUGCUCAUUCAAAGCCUUCUUUCCUGGCAAAGCAAACCCCUUACGUUCCAAGCAACAUCUACAGUAAUGCUGAAUCGAUAUCAGACUAUCAUGACACCAACUUAUCACAUCCAACUACGGAAAAAACUCAAAGCUUUUCUUAUCCUGAAACCUACCAAAGUGGUACGGCAAAUCCAUCCCCAUGGAACUACCUGGAAUAUCAUGAUUAUGGGUAUAAUCCCAUUACAGGUGGACAGUCCUCAUUUCAAAGGCCAAAAUUACCAAGUUUCAACGAGGUGCUUGGAAAAGAUGAAAUUGGAAUAGUUUCGGCCAACAAUUCUGAAGAUCAACAUGUGUCAAUACACAAAAAAUCUAACUGGGAAGGCUAUCUGAAUAAUCAGGUCAACAUCAAUGAUGAUGCAGAUUAUAUUUCAAACGAACAAAAAAUCAAUAAAAGGCCUAUUGAAAGUAUAUCCGGGGCAUCUCCUUCGGCACAUUUACCAAGAGAAUAUCAUUGUCUAAAGCGUUUAAAACAUACCAUGGUGUCUGGUGAGUCUGGGGAAAAUAGUUUGAAUCUCGAUUCCCAGCUGAAAUCAAACACCCAGAAGACAUCACAGAAUUUAUAUUCAUUAGUGCCAUAUUCAAUGUUUCAGGAGCUUUACAGCAAAUUUUUGGACAAUGCUGCACCGCAUUUGUUUGGAUUCGACGUUUCCAAAUUUGAUAAAAGGUUGAUCUAUGUGAAAUCAAAGUUAAUGGUGAUUAUAAUAAGUUUGAUUGGGUGUAUCAACAAUCCUAAAUUCAAACAAGCAACAUUUAUUGACAGUCUAAGAAAAUUGUAUUUGGAAACUGUGAAUGAUGUCAUAUUCAAGCUGAACUCAACUCUGAACAAUAAACUGGGUUCCGCGUGGGGAAUUGAUGAUGUUGAUGACGAGAUUAAUGAGAAUGGCAACAAGUUGUUGAAUGGUGUAUCAGAAUCUGUUUCUGAUAGUCAAAGAGAGUAUGAUGAUUAUAUUAGUUUGUGUUCUCAUGAUACCAAUGACUCAGAAACUUUUCCGUGCAAAAAGUGGGAUUUGUUAACCAACAAUGAAAAGGAUGCGGAAAUCAAGAACAGUCGAGAAUUUAAGUUAUUUAUGAACAUCACCGCCUUAUGUAUCGGUACUUUCUGGUUUGAAAACUCCCAGUUACUAUUAGGAAUAGCCUUGCAAUUAGCCUCAGAGUUUCAGUUGAACAAGGUAUUCAUUAAACUAAACGAUAGCAAGAUCGUGACUAUUGACAAGAGCAAAAUUGCAGAUGAAUUUGUGGAGCUGGGGAAUAAGAUUUCUGAAAUCAGUAAAUUGAAACUAUGGUACUUGCUUUAUAUUGCGGAUACUCAACAAAGUUUUCUAUCUGGAAAGCAACCAAUAAUGAACUCUUCUCAAGAUAGGUCAUUGAAACAAUCUAGAAAGUUAUUAUUCCAGCAUAGAACCAAUUUAACCAACCAUAGUUUUAUCAAUUCGUCUGAAAUCCAAUCCACUAAUAUGCUUAUCCAAACUACCACUGAUAAUGAUUUGCUUUCUUCUAACGGUGAAGUUCGUGCAAGUACUACAAAGAAAACCUUGAAUGAGAAUUUGUUAUCCAGCUCUGCAACGUAUAACGACUUGAAGCUUGUGUCUCAAUUGGAAUUCAACCAAGCCAUUAAUGCUGUUGUAUCGGGCAAUGCAUGGGGCAUAUUAUCUCCCGAUCUCUUUGGGAUGCCGUGGAAAACCAAUUUGGAAUUGGACAAAUGGAUGGUUCAUUGGACAUGUUUAUUGACACCUAUUCAUCAAACAGGCAAUCCGUGGUCAGUUAAAUCCACCUUGAUCUACUACAACUUUGCCAGAUUGCAUGUUAAUCAUCAACAUGGUAAUUUAGGGGGAAAUAACACAAAAUCUGUCAUUGAGCCAAAUCACCAAAUUGAAGAUGAAGAUAAUAGCGAUCUUAUUUAUGACGGGAUAGAUCAUCUGCAUGAUUUGGGAAGCAAAGAUAUUGCGGUCUCGUCGGCGCAAUCGCUCAUCAAGUCUGCAAUUAGUGAUAGGGAUAUUGUUGAUAACCUAAGAUAUUCCCCAUUACACAUCUACGUGAUGCUUUAUUAUUCAGCAUUGGCUCUCUUAGAUUCUGGAAAUGAAAUGUUUUCGGAUACUCAUAGCCCCAAACCACCGAACAUGUCUUCAGGUGAAUAUGGCAGGUUCAAGGAAAAAUCCCAAUUACAUUUUGAGAAUUUAGUGCUUGUUAGAAGUUUGGUCAAUGUUUUGAGCGAUAACUUACCACUAGAUAAAGAAUUUGGUUUGAAGUUGAUUAGGAAUCUAAAGAAGAAAUUGGAGAAAAAAUACGCCAUAUUCACCAAAGUCGGUCAGAAAUAUGGGGAUCUGGCCAAUAAGGUUGGAGAAACUGAUGACAGGAAUGAAAAAAUUCGUUUAUUGGAUGAGAUGAAUGAGGAGGAAAUUAACAGACUUUUGGGGACGUCAAAUGACGAUAAAAAGGGGCAAAUUUUGGCGUGGCCUGGAACAAAUCAUCAGCAUCCUUGA